CGUCGCUGUUUCUUACCGAGUACAGUUGGGGUGUGCGCGUCAAUCGAAUGGAAGGAAUAACAACAACUUUAGUCACACGUUUCUUUUUGUAAACUGAACUGUGUUUAUGGGCUUUGCAGUGAAUUAAAAAUAACCAAACUGGAAACGAGCGUAUCUUGUUCAUUAUAGGUGCUGAGGGCGUACAGUACUGCUUGCAGGAUGUACGCCGUGUACCGUCAAGCCCACUCCCCUACUGCCAUCGAGUUUUCAGUCUACUGCAACUUCAUCUCCAACGAGGAGAAGAACCUGGUCGUCGCUGGAACAUCUCAGCUCUAUGUCUAUAGGAUUAUUCACGAUGUGGAGAAUGCUUCUAAGACCGACAAAUCACCAGAUGUCAAGGCUCGUAAGGAGAAACUGGAGCAGGUGGCUUCUUUCUCCCUGUUCGGUAAUGUCAUGUCCAUGGCCUCCGUUCAGCUUGUAGGAGCAAACAGAGAUGCUCUCCUGCUCAGCUUUAAAGAUGCUAAGCUGUCUGUAGUGGAGUAUGAUCCAGGGACUCACGAUCUGAAGACUCUCUCACUUCACUACUUUGAGGAGCCAGAGCUAAGAGAUGGGUUUGUCCAGAAUCUCCACAUCCCCAUGGUCCGUGUGGAUCCAGAGAACCGAUGUGCUGUCAUGCUGGUGUAUGGCACUCAGCUGGUGGUGCUGCCUUUCAGGAAGGAUACACUUAGUGAUGAACAGGAAGGAGUGGUAGAAGGGCCCAAGUCCAGCUUUCUUCCCAGCUACAUCAUAGAUGUCCGUGAGCUGGAUGAGAAGCUUCUGAACAUUGUAGACAUGAAGUUCCUUCACGGCUACUACGAACCCACUCUGUUGAUACUGUAUGAGCCCAACCAGACGUGGCCAGGGCGUGUAGCAGUGCGACAGGACACCUGCAGUAUUGUAGCCAUCUCACUCAACAUCAUGCAGAAGGUUCAUCCUGUCAUUUGGUCCCUCAGUAACCUCCCCUUUGACUGCACACAGAUUAUGGCUGUGCCUAAGCCCAUUGGUGGUGUGGUGGUGUUUGCAGUCAACUCCCUGUUAUACCUCAACCAGAGCGUUCCUCCAUAUGGCGUUUCACUCAACACACAGACCAAUGGCACCACUGCAUUCCCCCUGCGGAUACAAGAAGAGGUGAAAAUCACGCUAGAUUGUUGCCAGUCCACCUUCAUCGGUUCUGACAAGAUGGUCAUCUCUCUGAAAGGAGGAGAGAUAUACGUGUUGACCCUGAUCACCGACGGCAUGAGGAGCGUCCGGGCCUUCCACUUCGACAAGGCCGCUGCCAGCGUCCUCACCACCUGUAUGAUGACCAUGGAGCCUGGUUACCUGUUCCUGGGGUCCCGGCUAGGAAACUCCCUCUUGUUGAAGUACACUGAGAAGUACCAGGAGAAACCAGAGAAACCGCCAGUGGAAGAGGAUCAAGAGAAGGAGGAGGAGAUGGAUGAGGAGAAGCAGGAGGAACCUCCCAGCAAAAAGAAGAGGGUUGAUUCCUCGACCAAUCAAGCUGGUAAAAGUCAGCUGACUGAUGAGGUGGAUGAGAUUGAGGUUUAUGGGAGCGAGGCAGCGUCGGGAACUCAGUUGGCCACCUACUCCUUUGAAGUGUGUGACAGCAUACUGAACAUCGGCCCUUGUGCUGGUGCGUCCAUGGGGGAGCCAGCCUUCCUCUCAGAAGAGUUCCAGUCCAACCCAGAGCCGGACCUGGAGAUCGUAGUGUGUUCUGGCUAUGGGAAGAACGGGGGCCUGUCGGUUCUUCAGAGGAGUAUCCGUCCCCAGGUGGUCACCACCUUCGAACUGCCGGGUUGCCACGACAUGUGGACUGUCAUCUCCAACGAGGUGAAGGAGAAAGACAAGGAGAAGGACCGGUCUCCAGCAGCGGAGGGAGAGGGGGAGAUCCCCGAGGAGAAGGAGGGGGAGGAGGAGGGGAAAACGGAGGCCGCGCCAGUCGAGGACGACAAGAAAAAGCACGGCUUCCUGAUUCUCAGCAGAGAGGACUCCACCAUGGUCCUACAGACUGGUCAGGAGAUCAUGGAGCUGGACACCAGUGGUUUUGCCACCCAGGGACCCACUGUGUUUGCCGGAAACAUCGGCGACAACAAAUACAUCAUCCAGGUCUCCCCAAUGGGCAUACGACUACUAGAAGGAGUGACCCAGUUGCACUUCAUACCAGUGGACCUUGGUUCUCCCAUAGUCCAGUGCUCCGUUGCGGACCCCUAUGUGGUCAUCAUGACCGCAGACGGAGUGGUCACCAUGUUUGUCCUCAAGACCGACUCAUACAUGGGCAAAACCCACCGCCUGGCUCUUCAAAAACCACACAUACCUACCCAACCCCGUGUCAUCACGCUGUGCGCGUUCCGUGAUAUCAGCGGGAUGUUCACAACGGAGAACAAGCAGACGUGUCACGCCAAGGAACAAGACACCACGUUCAAGAGCCAAUCAGAGGCCGAGACCAUCAUACACGAUCUCAGCAACACCGUGGAUGACGAGGAGGAGAUGUUGUAUGGAGACUGUAACCCAGCAGGCAUCACGCCCACCAAGGACGAGGGCCACCCUGGGUACCGCACCUCCUCGUCCGGGGCCCUGGGCGGCUGUUCUGAGCAGGGGUCAAGACGAGCCGAGCCCACACACUGGUGCAUGGUGGUCCGUGAGAACGGCGUCAUGGAGAUCUAUCAGUUACUUGAUUGGAGAUUGGUGUUCCUGGUCAAGAACUUCCCAGUUGGCCAGAGAGUGUUGGUUGACAGCUCGGCCGGCCAAUCCGCAGCACAGGGAGAGGGGAAAAAGGAGGAAGUGACACGACAGGGGGAGAUCCCAUUGGUCAAAGAGGUGGCUCUGGUGUCACUCGGCAACAACCACUCAAGACCCUACCUGCUGGUCCAUGUUGAACAGGAGCUUCUGAUAUAUGAAGCAUUCCCAUACGACCAGCAGCAGGCUCAGAGCAACCUGAAGGUCCGCUUCAAGAAGAUGCCCCACAACAUCAAUUUCCGUGAGAAAAAGUUGAAGGUUAAGAAAGACAAGAAGACUGAUGGUCAGGCCGGCCCGAGCGAAGAGGGGUCAGCCACGGUUAAAGGUCGCGUGGCCAGGUUCCGCUACUUUGAGGACAUCUCCGGCUACUCUGGGGUGUUCAUCUGUGGCCCCUCCCCUCACUGGAUGCUGGUGACGUCGCGGGGCGCGAUGAGGCUCCACCCCAUGACGAUCGACGGGCCAAUCGAAUCCUUCUCCCCCUUUCACAACAUCAACUGCCCCAAGGGCUUCCUCUACUUCAACAAGCAGGGCGAGCUGAGGAUCAGCGUCCUGCCCACGUACCUGUCGUACGACGCCCCGUGGCCGGUCCGGAAGAUUCCCCUGAGGUGCACCGUCCACUACGUGUCCUACCACGUGGAGUCCAAGGUGUACGCCGUGUGCACCAGCAUCAAGGAACCCUGCACCCGCAUCCCCAGGAUGACCGGCGAGGAGAAGGAGUUCGAGACCAUAGACAGAGACGAGCGCUACAUCCCGCCGCAGCAGGAGAAGUUCUCCAUUCAGUUGAUCUCUCCUGUCAGCUGGGAGGCCAUCCCCAACACACGCAUCGACCUGGAGGAGUGGGAGCACGUGACGUGUAUGAAGACGGUGGCGUUGAGGAGUCAGGAGACGGUGUCUGGGCGGAAGGGGUACAUAGCGGCCGGGACUUGUCUCAUGCAGGGGGAGGAGGUGACGUGUAGGGGCCGGAUUCUGAUCCUGGAUGUGAUUGAGGUGGUCCCGGAACCCGGUCAGCCCCUGACGAAGAAUAAAUUCAAGGUUCUGUACGAGAAGGAACAGAAGGGGCCGGUCACGGCUCUGUGUCACUGCAGUGGAUACCUGGUGUCUGCGAUCGGACAGAAGAUCUUCCUGUGGAGCCUGAAAGACAACGACCUGACAGGCAUGGCCUUCAUCGACACUCAGCUCUACAUCCACCAGAUGUUCAGCAUCAAGAACUUCAUCCUGGCCGCUGACGUCAUGAAGAGCAUCUCCCUGCUGCGAUACCAGCCUGAGAGCAAAACGCUGUCGUUGAUUAGCAGGGACGCCAAGCCACUGGAGGUCUACAGCAUAGAGUUCAUGGUGGAUAACAACCAACUGGGCUUCCUGGUGUCAGACCGAGAACAGAAUCUGUCGGUGUACAUGUAUCUCCCUGAAGCUAAGGAGAGUUUCGGGGGCAUGCGUCUGUUAAGAAGAGCAGACUUCAACGUGGGAGCUCACGUCAACGCCUUUUGGAGGAUGCCCUGUCGAGGGGCGUUGGACACCGCCACUAAGAAGACCCUGGCGUGGGACAACAAGCACAUCACAUGGUUUGCCACUCUAGAUGGAGGCAUCGGGCUGCUGCUACCCAUGCAAGAGAAGACCUACCGCCGAUUGCUGAUGUUGCAGAACGCCCUGACCACCAUGCUCCCACACCACGCUGGACUAAACCCCAAGGCAUUCAGGAUGUUGCAUGUUGACCGACGGCAGCUCCAGAACGCAGUGCGGAAUGUUCUGGACGGAGAGCUGCUCAAUAAGUACCUGUACCUCAGCACCAUGGAGCGCAGCGAGCUGGCCAAGAAGAUCGGCACCACCUCUGAUAUAAUCCUGGAUGAUGUUCUUGAGAUCGACAGGGUGACUGCUCAUUUCUGAGACCGGCCUCCUUGACCGUGCACCAGGAUUUCAUCGUCGACCAUCUAUUUUAUAUGAAAUGAAAAUUGUUUUUUGUGUA